AUGAAGCCGCAACUCGUUACACUAAUCAAGAACAAUUGCUCCUAUGGUGGAAAUCCAUUGGAGGAUCCUAAACAGCACAUAUCCACUUUUCUGAGAACUUGUGGUGUUAUCAAUCUCGAAGGUGCAAAUCAUGACACCUGGAAGCUCUCGUUAUUUCCCUUCUCACUAAGGGAUGAAGCUGCACAAUGGCUCGAAACUAUGCCCCAGGGCAGUAUUACUAGUUGGGACGAAUUGGUUACCAAAUUUCUGACCAAAUUCUCCUCAUCCCAACAAAACAUCAAGAUGAAAGAGGGGAUUCAGCCAUUCAUACAAGGAGAGGAAGAAUCAUUGUUCAAACCAUGGGAAAGAUACAAGAAAGUAAAUGACAAAGAGGGUUUCCGGGCGUUCUAUGAAGGAUUAACCCCAGAAACAAGGAGAGCAGUGGAUUACGUCUUAGAUAACCUUUUCAAAGCAACAGCAGCUGGCCAAGGAACUACAGAGCUCAAUAACCAGAGAGCCAAUAACCAACACUCAAUUGAGACUUCACAGAAUGCAACUUCAGAUGAGGAGAUAAAGAAUCUUGAAGGAAUGAAGGUAGUCAUGAAUCAAAGCAAACAGCUACAUCAGCGAACUCAGCAACAAUUGGAGUCAAUAGCUAGACAAAUUGACUUUCUCCAGUCUACUACAGUGAAGGCACAAUUUCCACCAUGGAAACCACAUUCUUAUCUAGGAAUGAAGGAAUCUCAAUGCCAGGAACAAAGGGACUUCAAUUACAACAACCAAAGUCACUCUAGCAUGCCCCAACACCAGUCUCAGAAUGAUGUGUACAUCCCACCCUGGAGAAUUCAAUCCAACUGGAAGGAAGGCGAAAGCCAAAAUCAAAGACCAAGGGACUUCAACUGCAAUAACCCCAAUUUCAAAAAUCAGCAUACAAACCAUCCCCACAACAACAAUCAUCAAGCACUACCCUAA